UUACUUAUAUCUUGCAAACUUUGACUGAGAUAAUCAACUAAAAUGCUUUUUGAAAGUAACAAACCCAAGUGUUUAUUUAACUUUACUAUGAUUAUGGCAGAUCAUAUGUUGUUUUUCUAAUUUAAAAAUGAAUUUUCAAUUAGGAUGCAAUUCUCAGAACAAUGGAUAUAAUUCAUGAUGGAUUUGGAUUCGUGCUUGCAUUUGGAGAUCUUGCCUGGGUGCCUUUCCUAUAUUGUCUGCAACCACGAUUCCUACAAGAGUCAAAGUUUGUUCUUCCUUGGUACUGUUUGGCACCUAUAGCUUUGUUAAAUGUCGUGGGGUAUAUCAUUUUUAGAAUGUCCUAUUCUCAGAAGAACAGAUUCAGGAAUAAUCCUAAAGAUGAUGCAUUUUCGGGAAUGGAUGUUAUCCCAACUCAAUCUGGCAAGAAACUUCUGGUCUGGUGGGGAAUCUGCAGAAAGCCUAAUUAUCUUGGCGAUCUCAUAAUGGCACUAUCUUGGUCACUUACUACAGGCUUUAGGCAUAUUCUGAUCUAUUUCUAUCCAUUAUACUUUCUUGUGCUGCUCAUUCACCGUGAGCGAAGAGACAACGAGCAAUGUCAGGAAAAGUAUGGGGCAAGCUGGAACAAAUAUUGUGAGAGAGUCAAGUACAGAAUUUUCCCACAUGUCUACUGAAGAUGAGACUCAGCCUAGUCGAAAAUAAAAUUGUUUAAAUGACAUUCUGAAUAGUGAAGUAACUUGAAUGAAAGAAUAAGGACAAGCAAAUGUUUUAAUUAUGAACUGUCAACCACCAAUACUCAACUGAAAUUUAACAAAAAUGAAAUUUUGAAUUUGAAUAAUUGGAAACAUUUGUAACACAACCAAAUUUUGCUUAACAGUUGUCAAGGUAUUUUUGAUUGAAUGUUUUGAUCUGUUGAACAGAUGUGUUAUGGGAUGCUAUUCCUAACUUCACCUUUAGCUGAUUGUUUUCUCAAUGGCUAGUUUGUUAAACUUUAUCCUCUUUUAAAUUUAUGUUGAAGUUAUGUAAGUCAAAAUGUUGUAUAAAAUUUUUUUUUAUUUUUUGGAAAAUAUUGUUUAAAAUUUAAACCUCACUCAUAUUCCAAUUUUUAAAGAAAUGUACCACCGCCUACUCAAACUAUUGUAAAAAAGGUUUACAUUCCCUCUUUUAAAAAAGUACAUUUAAUAUGAAAACCCAGCCUUUAGAAUUUGCUUGGAUUGAGAUUAAUCAACACGCAGCUCAUCUAUUUUCUAGUUUUCAAAAAAUGAUUUUAACUUUCUAUCUUUCAUGUACUACUGUUGUGUAAUACUUUUCACAAGCAAUUUUAUAUAUAUAUAUUUUACAUAUUUGUGUGCACCUAACAUUUCAUUAUUUUUUAUUGUGUCAUGCAACCAAUUUUAGUUGUCAAUUAAUUGACAUCAGAUCAUUUUAAAAGUGGAUAAUUAUUCACUGCCAUGCAAGCUGGCAUCCACAAUGUCCAUGACUUUAGAAUGAAGACCAACAACUAUUUCAAUAUUAAGUGUUAUGCUGAAAUAGGAAGGGUAAAAGUUUUAUAAAACUUGGUACAUAGAUUUUCUUUGGUCACAAUGGUUGUUUUGUGGUCGAAUCUUGUUUGUUCAAUUUUACCCCUCUUCUUAUAUCAGUGAUUUGUCUCAAACUUUUUUGAUAAAAGUAUCGCCAGUGACAGCGCAGGAAAAUGUAUUUUAUAAUCUAAUAAAAUAUU